AUGGCAAAUCAAGUGAAAUUAUUUAGCUUAUUCAUUGUCAUCAACGCGCUAAUUACUCUUAUUGUAAACGUUAAUACAAGCAAGGCUAGUCUUAUUCCGGGAUUAGGGCUUGUAGAUAAUCGCGAUGCACGAGUAAUUAACGCAUUAGGGCAGGGAUUAGCCCUUAAAGCAAAAUGCAAAACAAAGGACAAAGAUUAUGGGAACCAAAUUAUCAAAUAUGGGAAGUACCAUGAGUUUCAUGUUGAUGCAAAAACAGGAGAUAUUAAAUGUGCAUUUCAAUGGGAUGAAAAGGUACAUACAUUUGAAAUCUACAAUAUGAAAAGAUAUAAAGAAGAAUGUGGAGAAAGAUGUUGGUGGAUGGUUAAAGAAACUGGUGCAUGUUUGUUUGACAUGGAGAGCAAGUCACAUAUUUAUUGCUAUCCAUUUGAGCAUGAGAAACAACAAUGA